AGAGUGGUUCUGUUGUCGUUGGCCCAGCACGCUCAAUCCUGCUCCUGCUCCUGAUCCUACUACUCCGUCCAUCCGCUGUUGGCUGUUGCUGUUCUGGAACUUCAUCUACUCCCCUUCCAAGGAUAGGCAGAGUCUUCAUCGCCGCACGAUGACCAAAAUGCAGUGGCGGUUCAUCUUCUGGACGCUUGCGAUGGGAGCAUGCUUCCUCGACGUGUGUGCGGGAGAGCAUGACUUAUAUGCGACGUUGGGGGUGGAGAAGGACUGCUCGGAUAGGGAGAUUGCACGAGCUUACCGCAAGCUAGCGGUGAUGUGGCACCCGGACAAGAACAAGGACCCGGAAGCGAAGACGAGGUUUACUGAGAUAGCACAGGCGUACGAGAUCCUCAAAGAUCCCAAGAAGCGUCAGGUCUACAACCGUUCACUGCGCGGCCAUGGGAGGGAAGGAGAUGCGUUCAGCGACUUCUCGUCGAGCAUUUUUCGCUUCGAGGACGCUGACAGCAUGUUCCGGGAGAAUUUCGGCGACCAGGUGUGGAGGGAGUGGCAGCCCGGCAUGACCUUGCACUCGACGAUUCGCAGGGGGGGGAGGAGCUACAGCAUCACGAUCUAUCCCGAUGGAUCGUCGGAGGAGGAAGAGGCCGCGUCGGACAGUGGGGCCUCGUUCUACAUGAAGAGGAGCAGCGAGCAGCACGGUGACAGUCCAUGUCCAAGACUUCGGCUCCCUUGCUGAACUUCUUCUCCCCUCCUCCCUCGUCCAUGCAUGGCUCAUCGGCCCGCUGAUAGUCUAUCUCUUCUCAUGGCUCCCCUGCCUCUCGUGCUUCGGCCUC